AUGACAACAAAUAGUAAUAUUAUUACAAACAAUAAUAAUAAUAGUAUAUGUCCAAAAUGUGAAUCAGAUAUAGAUAGUAGUAGCAAUGAUAGUAACAGUAGUAAUUCAAAAAGAAAAAGAAAUGAAUGUAAACAUUUUCAAGAAUUUAAAUUGUCGGAAGAUGUUGACUUUGUCAAUACGAUGAAUGUAAUCGUGCGGUAUUUAAUGGUUUGUAAGAGUGGUAUGAUUGAAACCAGUAGAUUGCCACUGCCGAGCUGUCGUGAGUGUGGAUCAUUCAAUGGUAGAAUACACUGCUGUCUUCAGUGUGUCUAUGCAGGCUGUUGGAAACACCAGCAUAUCAUCAAACACUUCAAUGAAGCCAAUCAUUGUUUAGCGAUCGAUUCCAGUCUCUAUCAGAUCUACUGUCAUCAUUGUUCAGAUUACAUAUACGAUGAUCAAUACACUGAGAUAUUAGAUAGUCUCAUUCAAUCACAAACCAUUACAAUACAGGAAUUAGCAAAUCCAAUAAAUAAUAGAGCAAAAUAUCAUAGUUGGAAACCAACACCUGAAGACACUGCAAUCAUUCAAAAUAAUUCGAAUAUAAAUAACUCUACAAUGUUGGGUCUACGUGGAUUAAAUAAUCUUGGUAAUACAUGUUUUAUGAAUGUAAUACUUCAAUCAUUUAUACAUAAUCCUAUACUUAGAAACUAUUUCUUGAGUGAUAUGCAUAGUAAUAGUAAAUGUGAGAAACGACGUGAGAAAGAGAUGAAUAGAAGUAGUGGAGGUAAUAGUAGUAAUGAUAAUAGUAGUGACAGUGAAUCUUCAUCAUCGGUAUCCACACCAACCAGUACAAAUGGAAGUGGAAAUGGAAAUUGUAGUAACAGUGGCAGUAGCAGUAGCAAUAAUGGUAAUGGUAGUACUAUCUGUCUUGGCUGUGAAAUGGAUAUAUUAUUCACACAGGUAUUCACGGGAUUAAAGAAUCCAUAUACUCCUCACCACUUCCUUUACAGUUGCUGGAACUACUCGAACUACUUGGCAUCGUACGAACAGCAGGAUGCACACGAAUUCCUCAUUUCCUCACUCAAUGGUAUUCAUCAGCAUAUCGGUGGUACUCACGGUAAAGAUUGUAAUUGUAUCGUUCACUGUACGUUUGGUGGACUGCUUCGUUCAGAGGUAAAGUGUACCACCUGUCAGUUUACAUCGUCGACAACCGAUCCGUUCACAGAUAUCAGUCUGGACAUUCCAAAGUCAUCACAUCAUCAUGGUAGUCAUCAUAAUGAACAUGAUAGUAACAACAACAACAACAACAAUAACAGCAGCAACAAUCAUAAUUCACUGGAAGCAUGUCUAGAAAGAUUUACACAACCAGAGAAAUUGGAUGAGAAAUACUUUUGUAGACAGUGUAACAGUAAGCAAGAAUCUACCAAACAACUUACAUUCAAUACAUUGCCAGUGGUGAUUUGUUUCCACUUGAAACGUUUUGAACAAUCGAAAACCCAUAGAAGAACACAUAAAAUUGAUACUUUUAUUGAAUUUCCACCUGUUAUUGAUAUGAGUCCGUAUACUUCUUCGACUCAUAAAAAAAAUGAAAAUCAAAAUAAUAAUCAAAAUGAAGAGAAUCAAGAUAGUAAAUUACCAAAUGAUGAAAGUUUUAUUUAUGAAUUGUUUGCAGUUGUUAAUCACACUGGAAAGAUGGAUGGAGGUCACUAUACUUGUUUUGUAAAACACAACGAUCGAUGGUUUAAAUGUGAUGAUUCAAUGAUUACUUUUUCAUCAAUACAAAAAAAACAAUUGGAAUAUAGAAAAUCAUCAGCAACAUUAACAACCGUUAUCGAUUAA